AUGCAGAAGUCAAAGACGACGAAAACCAAAUUGCCAGCGGUAUUGAAGCAGGCUGCUCCGAUGAUAGGAUUUACUGGUGUCUCUAGCAGUCGGGAUCCUGAGGAGUUUGAAUUGGCCAAAACAGAAGGAACACCUGAAGCCCGUAAUAUCCCUACUGCCGGUAUUGCAGCAAAUAUCUAG